UAUCUGAGAGGCCAGCUUAACUUCAUGAUGAGAGCCAGGACCAAAGUGUCAAAUCUGACUGGACUGUGUCCAGCUCGGGGCCUGGUGCUGGCAUGCAUGAUCAGUAACUGCCUCUAUUCAUUUAAGACUGUUUCCCUCUGUGCAUGUACUCCAGAGAUUCAACCAAUCCACUCAGGCAUAUUUCUGCUAAACCCCCCCCCCACACACACACACACAGUGAUGAUAACACAGUGUCUGCAGGAAAAGUAAACCCGUGGGCAGGAGGCGAGCGGGAGCGCCGUCUGCUGGUGUUCAGAGCGCCCCCGUGGCUGGAUUUAUGGCACGCAGCUGUUGAGUGGCUGACAGACGUGUGAGGAGCUGAAGCGCUGCUGCUCAGACCAACUCCAGCUUUGCUCACUGUUGCAAACACAAGAGGACCGCCGCACCUCCACACACACCGCCAGCAGAUGGUACGGGAGCAGUACGUCACUACUACUGAGGGCAGUGACACGCCCAGGUCACUGCCCGACAAUGUCUACAAGAUUGGAAUCUAUGGAUGGAGGAAGCGCUGCCUCUACCUGUUUGUCCUGCUGCUCAUCGUAAUCCUGGUGGUCAACUUUGCCCUCACCAUCUGGAUCCUCAGGGUGAUGUGGUUCAACGCGGAGGGGAUGGGACUCCUACAGGUCCACUCAGAUGGGGUGAAGCUGGCAGAGGGCGAGUCUGAGUUCCUUUUUCCUCUCUACGCUAACGAGGUGCACUCCAGAGAAGACUCCUCACUUCUUGUGCACUCAUCCGAAAAUGUCUCGCUUAAUGCCCGGAAUGAAAAUGGUGAUGUCACAGGAAGAAUAUUUAUGGGUCCAAAACAGGCUGAGGGACACGUUCAGAAUCUGCUCAUCAACUCCCCCAAUGACAACAUGCUGUUUGCUGCAGAUGGCAAUGAGGCUGUGAUUGGUCCAGACAAACUGCGUGUUACAGGGCCAGAGGGGGCGCUGUUCCAGCACUCAGUGGAAGUUCCGCUGCUGAAGUCUGAACCUUUGAAGGACCUGAGGUUGGAGUCUCCCACUCGCUCGCUCUCCAUGGAUGCACCAAGAGGAGUUCAUAUCAAAGCACUGGCUGGUAACACUGAAGCUGCCUCCAACAUGGACAUUAUUCUGCGCUCCAGCGUUGGACUGCUAGUGCUGGAUGCUGAGACGGUGCGCAUGCCGAGCUUACCUCUGAGCGAGGGAGGAGUUCCUGGAAACGCUCAGGGUCUCUACGAGGUUUGCGUUUGUCCCAGUGGAAAGCUCUUCCUAUCCAGAGCUGGAGUCACUUCCACUUGCAGCGAGAACCAAGAGUGUUAGACUCUGACAAGGUCAUCGAUUUUUCCAUCACUCAGAAGGUUUUCUGAGAGGCAGCAAGCACAACUCUUUAUUUGUUUUAUGUUUCUUGAAAACUAUGUAUUAUAUAGGAUUUAAAAAAAUGUAAAAUCCUACUGGCACGUCUGCUGGGUUCUGCGCAAGGGAAGUUUUGAAAUGCAUCAGCUUUGUUGCAGUUGAGACUUUCUCACCCUUUAGAUUAAUUGGCAUUCUGCAAAGUGUAGGAGGUUCCAACCUGGAACACAGGGUCACAGGUUUUUUUUUUUUUUUUAAUACAUUCACCAUAUCCUGGCUGGGCAAUGAGGAGCUGGUUCACAGCUUACAUCCUAUGCAAUAUUACUUUGUGGUGCAAUAAAUUAAAUUCACAUAUUGAGGGCUUGGAUUGACCAACAAAUGCAAAAAGAAAGCAAAUGAGAACAUUCUUUAUGGUUUAGUUUUGCUCUUCAAGCCCUUUGUGUGUAGUAUUUUUAAAAAAAUUUUAAAGCAUGCUUUUUUGUGUUUUGGAGCGGUGGAGGGGAUUUAGCGUCGAUUUUGUCAUUGUCGUACAAAAGUCAGAAAUUUAAGGGUUUUUAAAAUAAACUUUUAAUACAACUGGGACAGCCAUGUUCAUUUUGUUUCCUUUUAGAUAAUGUGAUAUUACGUGUCUAAUUGUGUGUUUUUUAUGGUUUGGAAAUAUUUGGCCAUGUGUUAUUUUUAAGAUCUGCAUAAGCAUGUAAUUAUGCAUUAAGUUCACUCUGAGAAAGUCUGUGCAAAUUAUAAAACCAGCUCAUCUGUAGCUGGGUUAUAGUUUUAAAAGACUGUGCACAUCUGCCAGGAAGCAAGCAAAAACCAACAAUAAAAUGAAAAACACCACUGCAUUUGUAAAUCAGGAUAUCAAGAGAAAGGAUGUCUUUAUUGUCUUGUUUUAUUGUUGUGUGAGGGUCAAACAUUUAUUACUCACACAAAAUGCAUGAGUGGUAUUUCAGAAUAAUUUCCUUUAUUGCAAUAUUAAGUUACUUAUUGCACCAUCACCAUGCCAGAAAAGGGCAACAUUUUACCAUGUUUGUGAGAUUAAACUGUCAUUUUAUGCUUGUGAAAGAAACCUGCCUUGGCCUUGUGGGGUCAGCUGUAGCAGCGUGUGUAUGUGAGAGUGGCAUAUAACUAAUUUGCAGUUGACUGUGCUCUGAUAUAUUUUGAUAAUGUGUAUUUAUUAAUUUUGUAUGUUGAAUAAACAGAUAUUCUUCUAUGA